AAAUAGGCAGCUCAACAACAAACAGCACCUCAGGGAAUAGAGGAAAAGCCUUACUGUGCAAAGUCGGUAAGAGUGAGAGUUAGUAAGAGUGUAGGAGUGAUGAGUUUGGAGGGCCAGGCCGGGCAGCGGCUUAAUGUUUAUACAGCAGGAACUUAGAGGGGAAGUAAUUAUGAAACAAUAUGCUCGGUAAGAUUAGGAAUGAAGGAAAGGGGAAGGCAGAGAACUGGAGAGAGAGCAAGAGAGGGAGAGAAACUGAAGGAGGUGAUCCGUCAUGUUUCUCCUCCCUGUAAAUCAGACGUCCAUAUUUAGUUAGAGAGAGGGAAGGCCUAGGAAUAAUGUAAACACAGUCUGGGAGAGGGAGGGAGGCGGAGAGAGUACAUCAACACUAAUGUUCCUGUCUAUUGCCCAGUCUGACAGUUUGGUCUUAAGGAAGAGACAAGAAAAACUAUUAGGGUUCAAAUAAAGAUGAAAAAUGUGACAUAGAGGUUAUUUCAUUGGCUUUUUGGAGGGUUUUUUUUUCUUCUCUUUUUGGACUUUAAAGACAGUUCAUUUGUGAGUUUUAACAGCAGGGUGUUGGAGUGGACACAGGCAGGUCCAGGAUCUGUUCAAAUGUGAGGGAGUGAGGACUGGGACACAGGCAGGAGCUUCACCUGGAUUUGGAAAAACAGGACGGAUCAUAAGCAUAUGUCAUGUCACAAAUACGUCACGUACACUUUAUUUGAGAGGACCGCGGAAAAAAGCGCUUUAGAGACUAUUCCUUGGACCAAAAGUGCCAAGACUGAGCAGAGGAACCAAGCAAACACGUGGCUCCUGGUUUUGAUCCGUUCACUAUGAACGAUCUGCACACUGAAAGCUCUGAGGAAGAGCGGUCUGACGCUGAGGAGAGGCCACAGGAAAGAAGGAUGACCAGGCUUCCAAUCAUUCAGCUCAUGCCCAGGUCCAAAGCAAGCUCACCAGGAGGAUCUCCAAGGAGCUCGCCCAGGGAUUCCCCUCGCGGGUCUCCUCGAAACUCCCCAGUUCUCUUCCGAAAGUUGUUGAUGAAUCGCAGCAUCAACCUCCAGAGACGCCGAUUCACACUCGCCCACACGCCCAGUUUUGAUGUGGAAAAUGGCUUAUCAGUGGGUCGCAGCCCUCUGGACCCUCAGACCAGCCCUGGCUCUGGUCUGGUCAUACAGGCCAACUUUCCCCACAGUCAGCGGCGGGAAUCCUUCCUCUACCGCUCUGACUCUGACUUUGACCUUUCACCUAAAGGUCCUUCCAGAAACUCCUCCACUGCCAGUGACCUGGAAGAAAGCUUGAAGCACUGGGAGGUCAACUGGUUGUCAUCUCGACACACAGAAGACAUGAUCGUCACACCCUUUGCUCAGGUCCUGGCCAGCCUGAGGACAGUUCGUAGUAACUUUGCCAUCAUAACUGGCCAGCAAGACCGGCCGGCCAGCAAGACGCGAUCCUCAGGAAGCAACCCACCAUCCAUGUGCAAGACCAGCCUUGCAGAGGAGCCACACCAGCAGCUGGCUGUAGAGACUCUGGACGAGCUGGACUGGUGUCUGGAGCAGCUAGAGACGCUGAAAACUCGCCACUCUGUCAGUGAGAUGGCUUCAAAUAAGUUCAAGAGGAUGCUGAACCGAGAGCUCACCCAGCUGUCAGAAACCAGCCGUUCGGGGAACCAAGUGUCAGAGUUCAUCUCGAGCACCUUCCUUGAGAAGCAACAUGACAUGGACAUCAUGUCUCUGCCCUCCAAGGAGAAGGACAAGAAAAAGCGACCUAUGUCCCAGAUCAGUGGUGUGAAGAAGGCUACACACAGCCCCAGCCUCGCCCCCUCCACCAUCCCACGCUUUGGGGUCAGUGCCAGCCAGGAAGGGCUCCUAGCCAAGGAGUUGGAGGACAUAAACAGAUGGGGCAUUGACAUCUUUAAGGUCUCUGAGUAUUCUGGACGUCGUCCACUGACGGUCACCAUGUACACGAUAUUCCAGGAACGUGACCUGCUCAAGUCCUUUAAGAUUCCGGCAGACACCUUCAUUACUUUCAUGAUGACUCUGGAGGAUCAUUACCAUGCUGACGUGGCCUACCACAACAACAUCCACGCCGCCGAUGUGGUGCAGUCUACACACGUCCUGCUGUCCACACCUGCCCUGGAGGCUGUGUUUACUGAUCUGGAGAUCCUCGCUGCCCUGUUUGCCAGUGCAAUCCAUGAUGUGGAUCACCCUGGAGUUUCCAAUCAGUUCCUCAUCAACACCAACUCGGAGCUGGCCCUGAUGUACAAUGACUCCUCGGUACUGGAGAAUCACCAUCUGGCAGUGGGCUUCAAGCUUCUGCAGGAAGACAACUGUGACAUCUUUCAGAACCUCAGCAAAAAACAGAGGCAGUCGCUGCGCAAAAUGGCCAUUGACAUGGUGCUGGCAACGGAUAUGUCUAAACACAUGAACCUUUUAGCAGACCUGAAAACCAUGGUGGAGACUAAGAAAGUGACUAGUCUGGGAGUCCUGCUCCUGGACAACUACUCAGACCGCAUACAGGUUCUCCAGAACAUGGUGCACUGCGCAGACCUGAGUAAUCCCACCAAACCGCUGGAGUUGUACCGACAGUGGACAGACCGCAUCAUGGUGGAGUUUUUCACCCAGGGGGACAGGGAAAGGGACAAGGGCAUGGAGAUAAGCCCCAUGUGUGACAAACACAAUGCCUCCAUUGAGAAGAACCAGGUGGGUUUCAUUGACUACAUUGUUCAUCCUUUAUGGGAGACGUGGGCUGACCUUGUCCACCCAGACGCUCAGGAGAUCCUGGACACAUUAGAGGACAACAGAGAGUGGUAUCAGAGCAUGAUCCCCCACAGCCCUUCACCCUCACCAGAGGGACAGGAGGAAGAGGAGGAGGAGGAGGAGGAAGCCCCAGCAAGUGAAGCUUCAGCACCUGGUUCCACUUCCACUGAUAAGUUUCAGUUUGACUUGACCUUGGAAGAAGAGGGAGAGUCAGAUACAGAGAAUCCACCUGAGGACGAAGGUAGCUGCACUCGCAGGAGGGAGCCGGAGUUUUCCAGAUCUGGUUCUGCUAAGACUCGCCGAUUCCCCAAGAUGCUAGCCACUGAUUCAGACAGGACGUUUUCUUUAGACUCUGAAAAAGAUAUGGCAGAAGAAAGAGAAACUGACCAGGAAGAGGUCUCUGCGGUAGCACGGAUGAGACUUGGCACAUAGCACAAUUUAAAAGAUCUUCUUUUGGCCUUUUAUGUUUAUUUGUCUUGGUUUUGGUGCCUGCUCCUUUGUCACUGCACCUUCUCCUGCUCCAGACCAACACCACCACCUUUGGUUUCUGUGGACAGGGUGACAGCCUGGGGUUGUGGAGCAAGGAAGUUUGGGCAGGUGUUGAGAAUGUCUGCAGUUUUACAUGGCAGUCACUUGCACUGGAGAGAGACAAACUGACUCAGAGAGGACAGGGAGCCAACGUUCUGACCGGUCCUUUGUGUUCUGUGUCUUUCAGUCAGACUUAUAAAAAAGGAUGAGAUGUUUAUUUUAGCACCAGCCAUCCCAAGAUCCACUACACAGAAAGUACCGUCUUCCUUUUGUGGAGUAAUUGUGAAGAAAGUGAGGAAGAGGUGAAUGAUUGUGGAAACGCAACAAAGUCUUGUAAAACGUCUUGCCAAGCUUGCAGUUGUAUGGGGACCUUGCUAAUCUACCUGUCUUUUUUAUUUUGUCAUAUUCUGUUGUCUAUUAUUUAGGUCUGUACGCCACAAAAAAAGGAAGAUUUAAGGCAGUGUAGGAAAAGUAAUGUCACAAAGAAGCUGUGUAUAAUUGUAUGCAGUACACUUUAAAGGUAGCAGACAUUAUGACACUGUUGUUACACAUGCGGAAAGUUUAUUACUUGGAUAUGGUUGCAAUGAAUGGGCCUGCAGUACAUAUUAGAAUUUUCACUUCGGGCUCCAGGCUUAUUAAACAAUUAUAAUGUCAGCAGCAGGACUGAGCUGGGGUCAGCGCGGUGUCGUGCAGUCAUAGAAUUACAUCUAAAACAAGAUGGGCUGUGCAUACAGUGCCCCCAAGUGUCGGCAAGAGGAACUUCUGGAGUUGGAGGCAAAUAACUGCUCAGCAAAAAUGAAGCGAACACCUAAAUCACACAUAACAUCUUAAAAUUUAACAUGACAUCUAUUUCUGGAAACCCAAAGCACCAACCAGCUGAAUUCUAGAGCACAAAGAAAAUCUAAGGCUGUGAUGAUUAAGUGUGUGCUUCAUAUUUUUUUUAGGAGUGUUUAGCAUAGCCCUAUAUGGAAAACACAUUGGAAGGUGUGCUUAACUGCACUGGACUACCCGAAAUAUCACUUUAGUCUCAGCUUUGUUGUUCUUUAAUUAUCUUUUUUUUGUGUAUGCUAAUAAUUUUUGCUUUAAAUCCUGAAUAUUUGGCACCCAUUUUAUCAGUUUGCCUUCAAGUUUAGCAUUUUACCGUUCAUUGCCAGCCCUCAUUGUGGUUUGUCAGGGCUCGAGCCAAAACAUGAACUCGUUGGAGGCAGUUGACUGAGAAACAGUUUGUCACUGAAUGUGAAGCAGCCAGUACAAACAUCAUGCAAAAAAAAGACACUACCUAUCCAGAACCAUGAUUGUUGCCACAUAAUGUGACAAACACAGGGUGCCCCCCCCCCGACUGAAAUAGUGAUUCUGGUGAAUUUCCAGACUGAUACUGACAGUGUAGUAGAAGCACGAGUGUUGCACAGAGGGACGUUCCUAUCACUGUAACUGUAAAAACCCAGCAGAUGACUCAGAGACAGUUUCCUGUGCCACAUUUUUUUCCUCAUCUUUGUCCUCUCAUUGAUCGAUAUUUUGAUCUGCGCAGUGACAUAAUCAAUGACAAAACAAGUGCCAAGCAAGCAUGAUACAACCCGUACUGUACUUUCCAUUUUGCCACUGGCUACUUUCCAUUAGUGACUGAUAAAGUUGGUUGAUUGUAGCCAAUCUGACCCGUGUGUGUCUCUCUUCCUGUUCAAACAGAAACUUAAACCGAUGUCUUAAAACAGUGACAUGUUUUCUAUGUGUGUGAAUGACUGGGUUAACAUUUUUGAUGUAUUUACAAAGAAAGAAAAAAUCCAAAGCACUUUCUAUGGAACUUUUUCCAGUUCUGCACUUCUGGUACAGUUGAACAUGUACAAUGUGACUGUUUUACUGUUUUUCUGUUGGCAAAUGGCCUGGUAAUUGAGUUAAAAUGCACAGCCUGGACCACUACAGCUCUUAAAGUUUGGUUUUUGGAGGCACUUAUUUUCUGUCUUCUUUUUUUUUUAAAUAACUGUAUAAAAAGCUCUUCUGAAGUGCAUAACAUUGGCUGUGGGAUUCAGAUCAUAGCAGGAGUAUAUGGAAUACUUACAAAACCUAGCCUGUGGAGAAACUGAUUUUUAUUUUGUAAAUCAGAAAAGAAAAAGAAAAAACAUUACUGGUCGUAGAUAAGUUCGCUGAUAUGCUGGAUUAAAACCUGUGCAAUCCUUUCUGUGGCUAUAAACAGCACCAAACAGACCAACACUUAAAGAUGCCUUUAACAUUAAGGACUAUUUAACAACAGCUUCAUCAGCAGCGCAACAAAUGAAGAUUCUGUCUGUCCUCUGCCUGUCACUAAUGGUAUGAUUUUGUACAUUGUUCGUCAUAGUGAAUUAUGCUCAGUUUAUUUAUUAUAUUUCUAUUUUAUCUGUCAGAAACAAAGGAGGGGAAGACUUUUAGUCUGAGAUUUUGUGCUUGUGUGUAGCUUGAUGUGUGAGAUGUCAAACCAGGACAGAUUUCGACUAUUACUCAGCCUUUUUCCUUUUCAUUUAAUGUCAUUAUGAGUGCAAGUAAGGUUAUACAUACGCAAACAUUCUUCAUUUUCUGAAAUGGAUGACAUCUCUCCUUGUA